AUGUACAGAGAAACAUCAUGCGAAGAAAGUAAUCAAAGCUACCAAGGAGAAUUCAUCUUAUUGGGAGUAGCAGACCGCCCACGCUUGGAGAUGGUGCUCUUUGCCAUUAUUCUGAUAUGCUACAUGAUGAACCUGGUGGGCAACACAACCAUCAUUGUUGUGUUGCUGCUGGAUCCCCAUCUCCACACCCCCAUGUAUUUCUUCCUCAGCAACCUCUCCUUCAUUGACCUUUGUUUUAGUACCAGUUAUGGCCCUCAGAUGCUGGUGAACUUCUGGAGAACAAGCAAGACCAUCACCUAUAGUGCCUGUUUGGUCCAGCUGUACACCGCUCAUGCAUUGGGCUCUACAGAAUGUAUUCUGUUGGCUAUCAUGGCCUACGAUCGCUAUGCUGCAGUGUGCCAUCCUUUGCAUUACACAACUAUUAUGAACCACUCCCUCUGCAUUAAAAUGGCUGCUUUCUCCUGGUUUAGUGGCUUCAGCAAUUCACUAGUGCAUACAAUGAUGACCCUUAGGCUUCCGCUGUGUGGCCAGAACAAAAUAGACCAUUUCUUCUGUGAUGUGCCAGCCUUCCUCAAAUUGGCCUGCGUUGACACCUCACUCAAUGAAGCUGUACUCUUUUCUGCCAGUGUGGUGUUCCUUCUAGUACCACUGGGCCUGAUCGCAGUUUCUUACGGCUACAUUGCAGCUGCCGUGCUGAGGAUCCGCUCAGCUGAGGGUAGGCGGAAAGCCUUCAACACCUGUGCCUCCCACUUGGUUGUGGUGUCGCUCUUCUAUGGCACCAUCAUUUUCAGUUACCUCCAGCCCCCGUCCAACUACUCCCGAGACCAAAGCAAGAUGAUUUCCCUUUUCUAUGCAUUUGUCACCACCAUGCUUAAUCCACUGAUCUACACUCUGAAGAACAAAGAGGUACACAAAGCAAUGAGAAGAGCAGUCAAGAAGAACUGA